UUUCUUUAUCAAGAAGCCAAAGUAUCAUCUAAAAUGAUUGCAUCUUAUCUUCCUGGAUGCUUCAUCACUUUGUAUUUCAAAAGAAUAUCCUGGUUUAACAGGGAGCAUUAUAAAAACAUUUGCUCACAGGUGACUCAGUAAGAACAGAAGCUUCAAUGGAGCCAGUCGUUGUCCUAGUGCUAUGUCUCUUCUGUCUCCUUUUUCUUUCACUCUGGAGACAGAGUUCUGGGAGAAGGAAGCUCCCACCUGGCCCCACUCCUCUUCCAAUAAUUGGAAAUAUCCUGCAGAUAGAUGUUAAAAAUAUUGUCAAGUCCUUAACUAAUCUCUCAAAAGUCUAUGGUCCUGUAUUCACCUUGUAUUUGGGAGUGAAGCCUGCUGUGGUGCUGUAUGGGUAUGAAGCAGUGAAGGAAGCCUUGAUUGAUGUUGGGGAGAACUUUGCUGGACGAGGGAAUUUCCCAAUAUUUGAAAAAGUUAAUAAAGGCCUUGGAUUAGUUUUUAGCAGUGGAAAGGAAUGGAAAGAGAUUCAGCGCUUCACCCUCAUGGCCCUGCGGAAUUUUGGGAUGGGGAAAAGGAGCAUUGAGAACCGUGUUCAAGAGGAAACCCGCCACCUAGUGGAGGAGCUGAGAAAAACCCGCGGUGAGGGACUAUUAGUUACAUUCAUAGUCACUAGUCUCUUUUCUAGUGAGGUCCUGGAAAUAUUUUAGGGGCAGUCAGAAUUUUCGUUCUGUAUCUUGGCUGUGAAACCUCAGAGAUAAGUGGUAGUUGAAGCAGAGAGCCAGAGAUUGUGUGUAUCUAUGUUGCAUGUAGACGUAACUCUCCACACAAUAGCUAUUAACCCUAUUGUGGUUCAAAGAUUUUUUUUUUCAAAUCAGAAUUUAUUAAUAUAGGAUUUGCAUUUUUUUCCAAAGUUAAUGAGCAGUGUUUCCCCACACCAUAAACUGUGGUAACAUAUUCCAGAUCACUUUACUGGAUAUACUUAAGUGAACACCAAGGCAAUGACAC